CUAUUUGGUACUAAAAAAAAGUUCCACUCCACUCCCCUUCAUUUCCUUUACUUCCACAACCCCAUACAAAAAUCAGCCCAGAGAGUAUCCAAACAAAGCCUAACGUCCAUGGCCGGAUGUUUUUGGUUAGUCCCAUCGAUUGGUUUUGUUGGGUUUAUUUUGGGUCUCAUUUUAAACCAUUUUCUGCCCUUGUUCUUCAACCUUGGUCCUCUACCUAAAGGGUCCUUUGGGUGGCCUCUACUUGGUGAAACCCUAUCCUUUCUCAAGCCUCACCCUUCCAACUCUAUUGGAGCAUUUCUUCAUGACCAUUGUUCUAGGUAUGGGAAAGUGUUCAAGACCCAUCUGUUCUUCUCCCCAACGGUGGUGUCCUGUGACCAAGAGCUGAACUACUUCAUACUGCAAAACGAAGACAAGCUGUUCCAGUGCAGCUAUCCGAAGCCCAUCCAUGGGAUUCUUGGGGAGGUUUCAAUGCUUGUGGCAGUGGGUGACACCCACAGGAGGCUUCGGAAUGUCGCUCUUUCGCUUGUCGCCACUAUCAAAUCUAAGCCUGAGUUUCUCGGGGAUAUAGAAAGAAUCGCCGUUCGGAUUUUGGAUUCGUGGAAGGGAAGGCAACAAGUCAUGUUCUGUGCGGAGGCCAGAAAGUUCACUUUCAAUGUAAUAGUAAAGCAGGUUCUGGGUUUAACACCAGAUGAGCCACAGACUACAAAAAUUCUUGAAGAUUUCCUGACUUUCAUGAAAGGGCUGAUUUCUUUACCUCUCAAUGUUCCUGGGACUCCUUAUGCAAGAGCUGUUAAGGCUAGAAGAAGAAUAUCUUCCACUGUCAAGGCAAUCAUAGAAGAAAGAAGAAGAUCAAGAAGAAGAAGUAGUGGUCAUGGUGGUGGAAAGUAUCCUAACAAAAGGAGUACAAGGAGUGGUACUAAUGGUCAUGACUUCCUUGAGAUACUUCUGGGUGUUGAAUCCUUAUCUGAAGAUGAAAAAGUUAGCUUUGUUUUGGAUUCUCUUUUGGGAGGCUAUGAAACCACUUCUGUCUUGAUGGCCAUGCUGGUUCAUUUCCUUGGUCAAUCACCUGCUGCCCUUGCACAGCUUAAGCUAGAGCAUCGGACUAUAAGGAGCAUGAAGGGGGAAGAUGAGCUUCUGAACUGGGAAGAUUACAAGAAAAUGGAUUUCACUCAAAAUGUAAUUACUGAAGCUCUGAGAUAUGGGAAUGUUGUAAAAUUUGUGCACCGAAAGGCUCUCAAAGACAUCAAAUUUAGAGAUUACUUAAUUCCCUGUGGUUGGAAGGUCCUACCAGUUCUGAGUGCAGUUCACUUAGACCCAUCUCUCCAUUCAGAUGCUCUCCAGUUUCAUCCUUGGAGAUGGGAGACCCAGGACCAGACAUGCAAAAAAUUUACUCCCUUUGGUGGAGGGUCAAGAUGCUGCCCAGGGUCUGAACUUGCUAAGGUAGAGGUCGCAUUCUUCCUCCACCACCUUGUCCAAAAAUUCAGAUGGAGAACUGAAGAUGGUGAUCAACCCCUUGCACAUCCUUAUGUGGAAUUUCAAAAAGGAUUGGUACUAAAAUUGGAACAAUGUUCCAUUUGACUGCCUAACAAGAGAACUCUUCUUUUCCAUGUUACAUGGAAAUCUUUUUUUUGUUUGGGUUAAGUUUUUGCAGAGAGUUGUAAUUUGAUCUUCACUUAUAAUAGUAGGAGUAAAAAAAACUCCCUUUCUGUA